CAGCUUCGCCCUAGUUUUCUUUUCUUAGUAGCUUGCUAUUUUUUCUUGUUUUCUUCAGUAAACUCUUUGAAUUGCAACAGUUCUCAACCACGUCAUGGCCUUCGUAGAGAUUUGGCUUACAUCUUUUGACCAACCUAACCUUUUUUCAACUUUGGCUAUAAUAAUACUGAGAAAUCCUGACUCUUCUCUCCAUAUCUUUUAAUUUUAUAUAUAUGUGCAUUCCAACUUAGUCCAGUCUGUGUCCUUCUCUCUUUCAUUAAUUCUUAAACAAAGAGAUUUAUCUUGGGAAGAUCAGACAGAUAUGGCAAGUUCAAACAGCAGUAGUGCCAUAACUUUGGAGACAACACCAACAUGGGCUGUUGCUGUUGUGUGUUUCAUUUUGAUUACUAUUUCCAUUCUUAUUGAACAUGCCCUUCAUGUCUUAGCUAAGUACUUCAACAAGAAGAGGAGGAAGUCUUUGAUUCAAGCUAUAGACAACGUCAAAUCAGAGUUGAUGCUUUUGGGAUUCAUCUCCUUGUUGCUGACUGUUCUCCAAAAGCCUAUUGCCAAAAUUUGUAUCCCUAAAGGUGCUGCUGAUACUUUUCUUCCUUGCCAAAGCUUGACAAUUGAUGAUGAGCAGGAGGAACCAAAAUGUGAACAACAGGGAAAGAAAUCUUUGAUGUCUGAAGCAGGUGUCCAGCAGCUCCAGCUCUUAAUAUUUGCUCUGGCUUUCUUCCAUAUUCUUUCUUGUUUCCUCACCUUCAGUCUUGGAACGCUUAAGAUGAGAAGAUGGAAACUUUGGGAGGCAGAAACAAGAACCUUAGAUUAUCAAUUUUCAUAUGGUAAGCUGUUACAUAAUUCAUGUCGCGCACAUUUUGCUGAAGGAACAGAGUUUGAUUUCCAGAAGUAUAUAAGAAGAGCUUUAGAUAAAGAUUUUAAAGUGGUGGUGGGAAUUAGCCCGUGGAUUUGGACAUUCUCAGUACUCUUCAUAUUCUUCAAUGCAUAUGUGUUCCACAGCACCUAUUGGCUUCCUUUCAUUCCUUUAGUGAUGUUGCUGCUGGUAGGAACAAAGCUACAGGGCAUUAUCACAAAAAUGUGCUUAGACAGCAAUUAUAAGUCAAGUGUUGUUAGAGGAAACUUAAUGGCUAGACCUGAUGAUCAAUUCUUUUGGUUUGGGAAACCCAAAUUGCUUCUCCAUCUCAUGCACUUCUGGCCUAUCAUCCUCUUUCAGAACUCGUUUCAGUUGGCAUUCUUUACAUGGACCACGUACAAAUAUGGGCUAAAUUCUUGCUUCCACCGAAAAACAGUAGACAUUGCCACAAGGCUUGUCAUGGGAGUGUUGGUUUAUUUCCUCUGUGGAUAUGUCACAUUACCUUUAUAUGCUCUCGUCACUCAGAUGGGAACCAAAAUAACAAAUAGUGUUUUGACUGAUGGAAUGAUAAGAGGGCUAAGAAGAUGGCAAGCAAAAGCAAAGAAGAAGUUGGCUAUAAGGAACAAUUACUUGACACAACAUUCUUUGGAUGUUUCUCCAUCAUUGUUUGGUAGUCCUGAUAAUUCAUUGUCUUUAGAUAUUUCACCAUCUUUUAGAACUUCUCUGGAUGGUUCCGCAUUAACCGAAACUGUAAAUGAUGAAGACAUUGUAGCUGAGAGACAACUUCAGCAGCACAGAAAGCUAGGAUCUUUUAAUGGUUUUCAGUCAAGUAAAUUUAGCGAACAACACUAGAUUAUUGGUAUUUUUUCGAGAGAUGGACAUAGGCGAACUUAGGAUCUACAGUCAAUGUGUUCGGUUUUAUUACUUGUAUGCAUUUUUAAUUUGAAAUGUAGUUCUUCAGGGCAUUACAUUUGAAAAUUAUUGAGGAAGAUGAAAAUUUAGAUAUGUGCGA